AUUGUGAAAAGAGAAAAGAAAAAUAGGGGAAGAGAAGGAAGAAAGGAAGUACACUAUAGAAACAAAGCGAGGAUUCAUUGCCUGAGAUGAAAAGAAAAGAAAAACAAUAUAAAAAGAAAUAAAAAGGAGAGAGUAUAGGGAAAAGGAAGAAGACUGAAAUAGAGGAAAGAAAGAUAAAGGAAGUGAAAACGAAGGAAAUGGGAGAAGAGAUGGAAGAAAGGAGUCCGUUACAUAAUCUAUUUGCCAAAGAAAAGUUUAAAGCGAGAAUACUGAAAGUUAAAGAGUGAGGGUAGGAGCUGUCGGAGUAGGGAUAGUAGAGAUGGAUAGUGAGAGGGAAAAGGAAAAGUUGGAAGAGGAGAGUAUGAGGCAAAUAUAACAAAUUAAAGCGAAGGGGGAGAGAUGAGUAGGAGAGAAUAGUCUGAGUAUAAAAGCGAGAGAAAGAGCUCGUUCGAACAUGGCGUGUUUUGAACGUGUCUUGUCUUUAGCGGGAGUCAAAAGCAGAAGAUUCAUGGGGUCUGGAAUGAGCAAGAUUCUUGAUGGAGUUUACAUUGGAAACUUCUAUGAUUCUAAAGAAGAAAAGGCACAAAAAGAAAAUCAAGUUACUCAUAUUUUAGCUGUUCAUGACAAUGCCAAACCAUUGCUUGCUGAUAAAGUUUACCUAUGUAUCUUUGCCAGUGACAAUCCCCAACAGUGUUUGAGCCAAUAUUUUGAAGAGAGUAUAGACUUCAUUCACAAAGCUAGACAAGAAGGAGGUGGUGUACUUAUUCAUUGUUUGUCAGGAGUAUCACGAAGUGUAACACUCACAGUAGCCUAUAUAAUGACGAUAACAAGCCUGAGCUGGAGGGAAUCUAUGAAUGCUAUAAGAGGGGCACGGAACUGUGCUAACCCAAACUAUGGUUUCCAAAAGCAACUGAGAGAAUAUGAAGAGAAUGGGUUGGAAGCUGCUCGGAAACGUUUGAAAGAGAAGUACCCUGACUAUGAUAACAAAAAAGAUGAACAACGCUGUCAGGAGCUUCUUAAAUGUUAUCAACAUUACUUAGCUCAUGGAUCCCACAGUGAUGUUGCUGUCUGGGUAUAUAACCUGAAUGAAGGAAAAAAAACAUCUGAAGAAAGCAAAAGCUGUACAGAUGUUGCGAAGACAAAAUCCAAUGAAACCUGAAACUAAUUCAUCAUAUUAUUAAAGUCCUUCUCUUAAAACAAUUUAGAAAAUAUAUCAUUUUACUGGGAUCAUGAUUCAAAGGAAGAAAGCUGAUAGAAAUAUCAUUUAUAUUCUAUUUAUGUUGUAUUAUGAAAUGUGUUUUAUCAAGUUCUCUUAUGAAACAAUCAGUGAAGUUACCUUCCUGAUGAAAAAAUUUGUAUUCUUCUCUCAUUUACUAAUAAUUUUAGCUUGAAAUUGGAGUUUGUUUUUUCAAGCUGUUCUUAACAACUUAAGAACUAAACAUUGUGUGUUCAAGAUUGAAUAUUGUCUUCCUCAUUACUUAACUCUAACAGUGUCCUGCUCUAAGGUUUCCUUAUCCACAUUGUGUUCAUUGUACUCUUCUGAUGCUAAGCAGAGUUGGGUUGUAGGGUCUGAUAUUUCUGCAUUUCUUAUUCUUGAUUGGUGUAGCUUUGUCCGUUUUGUACAUGGUCAGCACAUUCUGUAGUCUGAUAGAAGAUAGACUGGCAGAUAGAAGUAAAUUUUUGGUUUCAGUAUUCACUAACUGGUAUAAAAAUAAACAUCCCCCAGGGUGGAAUUUUGUUGGUUUUGUAGCAAGUAUCUUUUCAUUAGUUUUUUUUUUAAUACAUUAACAUAUAAAAUAAAACAUGCAUGUGCAUAUAUACAUUCAUAAAUAGAAACAUGACCUGGUUUAAUAUCUGUCAAAUUGUUGAAAAUUCAGUAUCUAGAUGUCCCUGGUAUUGAAAGCCAACCAUUUCUUCAGUUCUGUCUAUUCCUCUUUCCAGUGAAUCUUCAAAUGAUUUUUCCUUUUCCCUGAACCUGCAAAAAUUAGGGGGAUUUUUUUUGUACUUUUUUUUCUCUCUGCUCCCUUGUGUGUGUGUGUAUAUGAGAGAGAGCGUGUGUGCGCGCAUGUGCAUAUGUACAUCCCUCAACUCAUUCUUCUCUAGUCAUUGCCCAUAUUGUAUCUAACCCUCCCCAGCCCCACACUAACUACUUCAGACACUAUACCUGGUCUUUUCUUCCCAGAAUAUCAAUCCUCUGGAACUCUUUCUUUGCUCAUGACUUUUCUGUAGAUGUCAGUCUGCAACAGUUUAAGCAGAAUGUUUAUGGUACCAUAUGUCUUAUUUAUUUAUUUAUUCUUGGUAUAGCCCCUUCCUCCAGAUAAAACUAAUAAAAAAAAAUUUGCAUUAUUUGAUGGUACCAUAAGUCAUCUUAAUCUGUGAAAUCCUUUAACUUUUAGGUAUUAUUGUUAUUUUGUAAAGUAGCAAUCUUGUGCUAUCUUCUUAAGUGCUGCCAGUGACAAUGUAAUUGAAAAAUCACUGUCCAUGUAUUACUUCUCUUUGCAAACUUCUUUAAUAUAUCUUCUGCCUUGACCCAUUUCUUUCAUUAUUUUAUCAGUUGCCUUUAUAUCUGGUACCUGUCAUAAUCAUGUGUGAUACUUUCAACUAUAGUUCAUUCAAUAUUUAUUAAUUUUUAAUUCAUAACAAGCUGCCAAUAAAUUAAAAUCUUGCACUCUCACUAAGAAGUCUUCACUGACUAUUUCUAAUAUUCCUGAAAACCUCUAACAUUGAAGCUGACUGAAUAACAUAUUUCUCCUACUUUCUUCCAUCAUUUCUCAGUUUUCUGCACAUUUUCCACUUGGUUUCACAUGUUGUAGAUUAAUGUAAUAAGUUGAUUGUAUAUAUUUUUUGGAGUACUUUUAAUGAUGAACGACCAAGAAUAAUAUAUAGUAUCUAAAAAUGAAUAAAAAUUUAUUUUCACCAUUUAAUGAAAAACAAUACAUCAUUUAACAGUGUGUGUGUGUUUUUGCCUGUUAUACCCUUGUAUCAAAGUUGAGAUUUUGUGAUCCAAAUUCUAGAAAAUGUUAACAUAUAGAUUUUCAGUUCAUCUUGAGAUUAUAUUUUCAUAAAAGUUUAGACUGUUAAAACUGUCAGUUUGAAGAAAACUCAUACAUGUAUGUUUAUUUAGAAAUGGAAAAAUUAUCAUUGUAGCCUUGAGCCAUGGGUGCAUACAUAAAGCUGGCAUAUUGCUGUUGAUCUAAUAAAUAGCAUUAAGCAGAUGAGAUAUAAAUCUACUUUUGCAUAAGAUACUAGUCUGUUUAACAUUCCCAAAUCUGAUAACACGUAACACUGACCAAAGACGAAAUUAGAUAAUUUAGAUGAUAUAUGUUUAUAUAGAACAUGGUAUAAUUCAGAAUACCUGAAGCGUAUAUCAUUUAGAUAACUAGUUUAUUACCUGGCUAACAUAUAUGCAAAUAUUAUAUAUACAUUUGAACAGCUAUUAAUGUUAUAUCCUGAUGUAAACUACUGUGUAUAUAUAUAUAUAUAUAUAUGUAUAUAUAUUUGGUGAAGCAAACAGGAAAAAUGGAACUCAAAAUAUAAGUUUAUAUUUUUUUAUUAAUAUUUAGCAGAAGCAACAGAGUGACUCAAGAUCCAAGAGUUUCAUGCAGUGACACAUCAAAUAUGUAUAUAAAAUGAUUUAGAUUCAAAGUAAUAUAUUUCUGAUGAGGAACAAUUAUCCUGAAAUAGAUGUGCAAGAGAUUCCUAAUUGUUUUUCUGUUUACUUAAGAGAACAAUAGGAUGCUUUCACAUUUCAAUCUCCACAGCCAAGGCAUUAUGUUUCAGAUCUUCUAAAUAUUUCAUAUUUAAACUAAUAAUGGUCAGUGAACUUCCAGCUCAAAUUUAUCAUAUAUUGAUUUAGUAAAAUAAUCCAUAAACUAAGGCCUCCUAGCAGUGGACUCAUGUUGGUCUUUUGUACUCUAAUGAAAAUUGAGACUAUUUUAUGCCAUAAACACUUCAGUCUUCAUAAUUAGCCUCUCCUAACUUGGAAAAAAAAAUUAUUAAACCAAAACACUAUUUUAAUAAAAACUGCCAUAGCUGAAAAAUUAGAAUGUCAGCAGAAAGGUUAAUAUUUCUUAUUCAGUCACUGCCAAUGUGCUGUAUCCUUAACCAAACCCUUGAUUCUCCUUAUACCUUGUUCACUUUGCUGUUAACAGAUACCAGGGUGAAGGGGGAAUACAGCAGAGUCAAGUCUGGUCUCUGGUAAGUUUUAUUAGUUUGCAGUGAUAAUUUCAUAACUUUCAACUGACUGCUUCUUAAUGUUUCAUCUAAUGUGGAAAACAGUUGUUUUGCAACUUCUUAAUAAUCUGUGACAAAACUCUCCUUACCCUUUUCUUACAACAUAGUAUAAUACUUCUCAGUAAUAGGGUGAUGUGCACAAUAUUUUGUGUAGUGAAGUUUACUGUUUAAAUUAAGUUCAGUCACAAAUACUCACCAGAUAUUCCCCACUUAUAUGCUGAUUAAAAUGAAUUAGAUUUCAUUCCAAGCACCAUUUUGUUGUUCAUGUGUUUGAGACACCACUUGCAAUAUUUAAUUUGGAGAUCUCACUUAUCUUAACUCAUAAAUUUACUAUAUCUUCUUUAUAUCUCAGUUAUUAUUUUUAAAUCUUUUUUAUUAUAUUGAAAUCUUUGCUGUCUUCCCUGGGCAAAUUAUUUAUUUAUUCACAGUAUGAUUGUUGGUAUAUUGUUCCAAUCUUCUAUUUUAAUAUUGUCUUUUAUGAAUUAUCAUUAAUCUGAGUGAAAUGGGCAGUAUGUCAGCAAAUUUUGUAGGGUGCUGUACUAAAUAUUUUAUAAUAUUUAGUUUCCUCCCUUGUGUUCUUGGUAUCAAAUUGUGCCAGGUUCAUCUUUGCUUUCUAUUUUUCCAGAGUUGUUAAAAUUAUAUGAGAUUAAGCUAUGUCCUAAAAAUUUGUGGCCAUGUGUCCCACCAAAAGAAAUCAGUAUGUUCAAAGUAAGAAAUGUAUCCAUGGUUUUAUAAUUAUUUAUUUAUUUAUUUUUUCAUUGUUUUACUGAUAUUGACAUGUUUAAAAAUAGUUAUCCACAAAAGUUUGCUCAGACAACACUGCCUUCAUUGAAAUUGAUAUUUUUUUUUCUUUUUAUUUCUCACCUAUAUUAUAUCUCACUUGUAGAGAAAGCUAUUUUAAAAUAUCAUUUUUGAAAAGAUUAUUUUUAUUUCUGAAUUUUAAUGAAAUAAAUUACUUCUUUAUUCUAAA